AUGUCCGUACCUGCACCUCAGACGUUCGCCUACAAGACGUUCGUCAAUACCGACGGCAGGGGCACUUCCAUUCCGGUCGAUGUCUACAUUCCGGAGACCAACAGCCAGACCAAGUUGACACCUGUUGUUUGGGUGCACACCGGUGGUUUCCUUCAAGGGACGCGCAAGUUCGUCCCACCACACUUCUUGCGAGCGGUCGCAAAGCACAAUCUGGCUUUGAUAGCACCCGACUUUCGCCUUUGCCCGCAAGUCUCAAUCUUUGAAGUGCUCGAGGAUGUCACCGACAGCAUUCGAUGGACACUGGACCCUCAAGCAAGGGCUGCUUCCGGGUUCAAGUCGGACCGUGUAGUCUCGGACAAGUACAUCCUUGGUGGCUCAAGUGCUGGUGGAUGGCUAGCCCUGCUACUCGGUCUCAGCCUUCAUGGCCAGGCUAAGCGCAUCCCGCAGCCGCCUAGUGCCAUCUUUUCCGUCUACGCUAUCACUACAGUCACAAAAGACCUCGCACCUUUCUUCUACGAACCCCAAAAGCCACUCUCAUGGGCCGUAGACGGCAAAGCCAUCGAGAAGCAGCCACUGGAACAGGAAGGACACCUCGCGAAAUGCCUCGACGCGAAUCACCAGCUGCUCGAGCAAUCAUCGGUCAAGAUUCGAACAGAAGCACCGCCAGCCAGCAACCCUGUGCGUGCAGCGCUCUACAACUUUGCACGACAAGAGGGCAACUAUCCCAGCCUUAUCCUCCAAGAUCCUUCAGAGAGCUCGCAAGUGUGCACUCCAAGCUUGAUCAAGUCAAAGGCAAAAGCGGCUGGCCCAUCUGUUCUGAUUGCUUACGGAGACUCGGAUCCGAAAGUGCCCCACUCUCAGUCACAGCAUGUAAUCGAAGCGCUCAAGUCGAUUGGCUACGAUGACAAGUCGCUGCACGUGAUUGAGGAGAAAGGUGCUGAUCAUUUGUUCGACAUGGAACCGGAUAAGGAGGUCGAGGAUAUGUGGAUUUGGCUGGCACGCCAGCUCUAA